AUGUCUUACCCAUUUGAUCUCAAUCGAUUUUUUAAGGCCCCAAUUAUUAAAAUUGACAACAGGGUAAGACCUCCAAACCUCAUCCAGAGAGAGUUCGAUGAGUGUCAAAAAGAAAUAAACCUGAUCAUUGACGGAUUAGGAAAUGCCUCAGCUAAGGCCCAGCAUCUGCAUGCUGCAGUGACUAGCAGCAGCAAACUGGCUUCAUCUGACCACUUCAUGUAUUUGAUUAAAGAUCCAGAAGGAAAUGGAGGCUAUGGAUUAGCAAUUGGGUUUCUGAAGAUUGGUUUCAAAAAACUCUACGUGUACGACCUAAAAGGUGAAAUGCAUGAGAGAGAGCCACUGUGUGUUUUAGACUUCUACAUUCGUGAAUCUUACCAGAGGCAGGGUUAUGGAAAACGACUUUAUGACUACAUGCUGAUGCAUGAAAAGAUGGAACCACCACAAUUGGCCAUUGAUAGGCCUUCUUUGAAAUUCAGCUCUUUCCUGAAGAAGCACUACGGCCUUAGUCAUUCUAUACCUCAGACGAAUAACUUUGUGAUAUUCGAGGGUUUCUUCAGUAAUCAGAGUGAAGGUAAUUGCCUAUUCUAA